AUGCACAGCUUCUUCGUCAAGCUUCCUGUCGAGCUCCUUGCGAGAGUAAUGAACCACCUGAAAGCUGAGGAGCUCCUCGCCUGUAGCUGUGUGUGCAAGGUGUGGAAGACCAGCGCUCUUGACCAUGGCUGCUGGCUCAACUUGUGCCACAAACUAUGGGAGGGGAGAUCCUAUGUGCCGUCUCGAUUCCUUGAGAUGGCUGAGACGCACGAGGGCGUGAUCAGAGCGUACUUUGCCUCCAUCAAGGAUGCGAAACGAUGCUCCAUCACCACUGAGGAACUGUGCUCUUUUGAGUGGAGCUUUCGGUUCAAAAGAUCUGCUGGUCGCUUCUGGACGAGGUCUGACCCCUACUGGAACGGCUCGCCGGCCCGCACAGUGAAGUUUCAUCCAGAAGGCCUGGUGAAGUGGGAGUCGGAUUGGACCAGGAUGCGAUGGAAGUUCGUGGAGAUCCCUGACCAGACCGACGACAACGACGAGGAGGACAAGAUUGCUCUGACUGAGGGCAAGGCGAUCCGCAUCGAGCACCUGGACAUGGGGAGGUUCCCUACAGAGCUUGUGCAGCGGCAUCGCUCCUGGGGCUUCAUCCUCAACUCGCCGUGGGUUGUCUACGCCUCGUUCCCGAUGGUGCGAUCGAACCGAGACAGGCAGCUGUCGGACAAGGUUCUCGAGAAGCGCGUGAGACCGUGGCAGUGGAUUGAAGCAGAUGAGUACAACAUGCUGCAGAUAGAGUCUGGAAGCGACAGCGACUGA